UUACUAUUUUACGUUUACGGAGGAGAAUAGCAAUAGACUGCUGGUCAGCUGGUGUAUGUGAGUUAGUUGCGUGCAUAUUUACAUGCUGAUGGGCGAGUUGCAAGAGUCUACGGCAAUCGUGUACACGAGCCUAUAGAGAUACGUACGGCGGCAAUGCUGCAGCGCAACUGGUUUGGGGGCUCGGGCAGUAUUAGCUCACAGGGUGCGGGUACUACUGACAGCGGUACUGAAACCACAAUCACCCGUCCCCGUUUGUACAGUGAAGAGGAUGAUGAAGUAACUAUAGAGCCCUUAUUCUUCCAGACAAAUGCGGAAAAAGAGGCGUCCUGGCCAGCGCGUAUAUGGCGAAACAUAUCUGAAGUCGUCAUACAACACGCAGAUUUGCCCGAAGAAGACCCAUUCCUUGCUCACGUCAGGAAACAACAGAGUUUAAGUGGGACUGGGGCUGGUGCUAUCAAUACACACACGACGAAACAGCAUGGAUUGGCCUCUUCAAGGCCUAUAGGUACAGGUACAUUUCGAAACAAGCAUACAGAUGUGUUAUCAAAGAGUGCAGGGGCCGACACUAGGAAGAUUAGUAGUGAUAAUGGUGCCAAUACUGUCGGAUUGCUGGAAGCAUACGCCCGGCGGUCUCUAGACUAUGACGGUUUUAUGGGCAGUGGUUUGGGCGAAUCGCAGGAUCACUUGGGUGCACUGAUCAGUGCCAGCCUACAAAGUCAUUUAGUACGGCCUGACCACGUGGUGCGAGGACAGGGUAUUCAGGAAGAAAAUAGUGAUGGUUCAGGUGAAUGGGUGGAUAGUGAUAGUAUAGAGGUGUCAUCACAUAUGUCUGCAGCGAACGGACUUCGCAAUACGCACUCGCAUCCAGAUAUACCUUCAAUCAUCAGGUCUAUCUCAGAUGAGUGUGCUGACGGAAAUGACACACCUGAGUUGAACUUCGAGUUAAACUUUGACUCGGAUGACGGUGGCGAGGGGUUUGGAUUAGCUCGGCAGUUGAAACACCCCGAUUUGGCCUCCCUAGUCACGGCCAGUGGGGCGAGUGCGUAUGAAACCGAAAUUAGGAAUGUAGGUAGGACUGACUGUGUCGUAGGGGGUCGAGCAUAUACACCCACCCCCUCAGAUCUGGUCAAUAGAAUCGGUGAAGACUAUUUAGUGCAAAAGAGGGUCUUUGACAAACAACAGGUCGUAAGAGACGACGACCCAGUGGCAACAUUGAAAUUCCUGAUGAUAUGCCUGGCUGUGGCUGAGUUUGUGUUCAUGGUGAGUUUGGACGAUCUCAAACCCAUCCGAAGGAUAGCGGGUGAUCCGCGGGCUAGUACCGUGAGACUCAACCACACGCGGGCAGAUCUCCUUCGGUCCAACCCUUGGCUGCAGGCGCGUGUACACCUGUACUGUGAGUGGUGGAGGGUAGCUGCAACCACCCAACGUAUCGAUGUGUAUGCGGCCUUGCUGGACGAUAUGAAGCAGUUCCCUGAACCACCGCACGUGACCACAGAUGUGUUGUUCCUGCGGCCCCACACGCUUAUGGCCCAUGUGCGCAAUGCCAGCACAGACGGAGUUAGUCUCGCGUCUUCGAUGGGUCGGUCGUUUGUGAGCCAUACGCCCGAGACAAUACACGAACAACCAUCCAUAGAAGGAGAUAUUAUUGGGGCGCUUGCCAUGCUGUCGGCCUCACCCAGAGCAUCGAUGGGCGGCUUCAACUGUGACACACGCUCAAGUAACACAAACAGCACGUGCACGCUGGAUCUUGAUUCACUAGACUUGUCUGUAGAUGGAGAAUCUCACAUCAGUGAUGGGAGUGAUACCACCAGUGUGGGUGUACGACCGGACGACCAAGGGAUCAUCCCACCCAAUGCCACGUUUGUUCUGCUGGACCGAAACCUAUCACCUGUGGCUAAGAUAACAGGACAUCAGAGCAACAUCUACGCACACGCAGGGGGGGUGGUGAGCAUGGGCACGCACAACUGUGUGGCAGGGAAACCGUUGGAGCUUUGUCCAAACCUCGAGUACACGGUCAAGGGCUGGAGAGGCGAUGAGGUGCCCUAUGUGCGGAAGGACAUCCCAGUGGACUUUGUGUGUGACAUCGCAUUCGACUGGGCUGACCCAGUGCCUGUUGUGUUGCGCGGUGCUACGUUCACACAGGCGAGGUUAGAUGGCACGGCUGUCAUAGUCCAGAAGUGUGACACCGGCGAUGACGAUGUGGUGCCCAAAUCCGAGUGCGUGUGCAUUGCCGAUCUAACAGUCGCAGUGGAUGAGAACAUUCGCCUCGGGCCGUACGUGUGUGUUAGCCUAGUCCAUUUUGCGGUGGAUGUGGACAACAGCUCAGUCGCUCAGUUGGCUCCGUGACUGAAUGCCGAGCUCUGUUACGUCUAGGCACGUACCGUACCAUUGCCAUACUUUCCAGUGAGUGGGGCUAAAACCCUAAACCCUAAACCCAAUACCCGGUCUCUUUCGGGCCUUCCGAAACCCUAUCCCCAACUCGGGCAGCACCUCAAACCCUAGUCGGACCGACUUGAAACCCUAACCGAGAUCAACUUGAAGCAACUUAGAGACAACUCAACCCCCAAUAAUUCAACGUCAAGUGAAUAGAGAAAACCCUAAUCUCUAUAGAAAAGGAAAUAAGCUUUAAGAUUACCUUCUCAUAUGAGGAAAUAAGCUCGGCACUGCAUUGUUGCUCCCUAGGAAUGCGGGUGGUUGGUAGGGGUGUAUUAACCAGUAACACUUUGCGGGCGAUUCGGACGGUGAGUCCGUCGCACAGGUCAACAUCUGAGGCGAUAGGGUGUCAACAGCGUAUGUUCACCAAUGUCACAUGUCCACUCAUCAGAGUAUGUCCUCUCAUCAGUGGACGACAUGCUGGUGAGGGGCGUGCUGUUUUUAAAUACACUUGGUGGUACUAUUGCUACCCCGCGACCGGAGGCUUCGUAGUGCUACAUAUGCUGAACAGUACUACUUGCAUAUAGUACAUAGCACUACAUAUAAGCCAUAGUACUACAUACACUGCAUAGAUACGUGAGAGGCCUUCCACAUGCAGUCCCUCACUGACAGACGGCCGGACAAACUCAUUUCGAUCCUGCCCUAUAAGUACUAAAUUAGGCCCUGCCCAGUCACAAAUGGGCCUAUACGCACCUGUCCUAACUACGACCAGUCAGAGACCGGCUCCACCCGCACAGCAUGGCUUGAAGCGGGUGCUUUGUAUCAGUCAGAGCAUGUAGUAUGUGUCUUUAUCCUCGAGCGAUUCACGCCUAGUAGGUGCCUGUACCUGUACUGUGUACAGGCUUACAGCCGCCACAGCCAACACGUACCCUGAGGCAACGUAUUAAAAGAGCAUUGUAGUUGUUAAAUGUGGCACUAACACACAAGACACUCGAACUCUGACCACUCCAUUGACCCCUAGUGCUUGGUAGAUCACGCACAACCCACACAACCCAGUUAUUUCGCAUAGGCACAAGCCUAUCCA